GGGUGGGGUGCAGAAGGCUAUAUAGUCCUGCAGUGGAUGCAGUAAAUUGAAUCACACUGUGGAAGGUGCUUUUCGCAGGUGAACUACAGUGUGUGGAUCCAGUGGACAUAGGAUUUUCUGUGACUUUUUUGCUCACAGUCAUGGGUCAGCUCCUCUCUCGUACACCUAAGAAUGACGACAAUGGAAGUUUGGAGUCCAGCUUCACUGAAUAUUUUCAGAAUUAUAAGCCAGAAAACAAAAUCAUUUCUGAGGAAACAAUCCAUUUAAUUGAGUUACACCUAAAAAAAGGAAAUAUUCAGGGAGCAAAUUCUGUAAUCAAUGAUGCAUUAAAGAAUAUUGAUAAUGCCCCAAUAAAUGUUGCUGUGACAGGAGAGUCUGGAGCAGGGAAGUCCAGCCUCAUCAAUGCCCUAAGAGGAGUUAAAGAUGAUGGGGAAGGUGCAGCUGAAACUGGGGUAACAGAGACAACCAUGGACAUAAAGUCAUACAAACACCCCAAAAUUAAAAAUUUGACAUUAUGGGACCUGCCUGGCAUUGGAACUCUGAAGUUUCCACCAAAAAGUUAUCUGGAAAAAGUAGAGUUCAAGAAGUAUGACUUUUUCAUUGUUGCUUCUUCACAACGACUUACAAUACAUGAAGUAGAACUUGCCAAAGCAAUCAGACUUAUGAACAAGAAUUACUACUUUGUGAGAACCAAGGUGGACUUUGAUCUAGACAAUGAAAAGAAGGCAAAACCACGUACCUUUAACAGAGAAAACACCAUGGAGAACAUUCGAAAAUCCUAUCUGAAAGUCUUUAUAGACAAUCAAAUUGGUGAACCUCAGGUGUUCUUGAUAUCUAACCAUGAUUUAUCUGACUAUGAAUUUCCAAUCCUGAUGGACACCCUGGUAAAGGAUCUUCCUGCUCAAAAGCGACACAAUUUUAUGCUUUCCCUGCCUAAUGUUACUGAGGCAGCCAUUGAAAGAAAGUACAACUCUGCUAAGCAGUGUGUCUGGUUGGAAGCCUUGAAGGAUGGAGUUUGCUCUACUGUUCCUGUAGUGGGCAUCCUUAUGGACAGUGAUGUGGAAAAGCUGAAGGCAAGUUUAAACCACUAUAGAGAUCUCUUCGGAGUGGAUGAUCAAUCCCUGGAGUUCAUGGCUAAGGAAGCCCAAGUGCCUGUUGAACAACUGAAGAAAAAACUUAAAUCUCCUUAUUUGUUGGAAACUAACAAAGAGGAAACAUUAGGAGGAAAGCUUUUGAAGUAUUUGGAGAAAUUUGCCUCAGCUAAUGGUGGGCUCCUGGCAACAGGGCUUUACUUUAGGAAAAGCUAUUACUUGCAUUUUUAUUUCCUUGACACAGUGACUGAAGAUGCAAAAAUUCUCCUUGGAGAGGCAUCUUCAAAAAACUAGCUCAAACUUGGCUCACCCACAGCUACUGACAACUACAAAACCAAAGAGGUAAUAUUAGGAACUCAUUAGAUAAAUACCUCCUCUUUUCUUUACAUGAGCCAAUUAACUGCCACCCUGGCAAAACCUGAGGAUUAGGGUCAGGGUUAUCAAUAUGUCAGAACCUGACAAUACAACUCUACAUUCAUGCUUGAAUUCACACACACACACACACACACACACACACACACACACACUGAGCUCUGUGUCACUUCUCUACUCCCUUAGAGUAGAGUUCUCUUUUGCAACUUCAACCUCUCGAAAUUGUAUACAAUUAUUCCUUCCUUUAUGUACAUCUUGCCUUUAUGUGUUUAUUGUGUUUCAGAAGAUACACACACACACCUGCACACAGAAACACACAAACACACACAUGCACACACACACCUGAGCAUUCUCAUCCUCAAUAAGCCUGUGUUAGAGAGUGAUUAGCAUGGCCUAUAGAGUCUAUCAACAGGAAGACUUUAAGACCAAAGUCAAAAGAAACCAGAACCACUGAUCAUAAGUUUGCUAUUAACCAAUGAGUUCCUACAAUCAUCAGCAUCCUUCUAGAGACAAUAAAGAACACCUAUAAUUCAUUGACAGGAACAGUGCGACAUCCUGAGUUCCCCAUCUCUGUCAUUACUUAUCUGGGCUGUGAUCAUGAAGAAUUUCUUUAAUCAAUAUAUGACACCAUAUAAUAACACUUAAUAAAUUGUUGAUUACAAA